AUGGGUGGUGGCAACCAGAGUCACCACAGUGGAAAAAUUAGAGGGAACAAGAAAGCAAGCCUCAGACAGAGAGCCAAAGGGUUCAAGUCGAGUUAUGGUUCUAGUAGUGAACAGAGUUCGGGUUACAGCAGUUUUGGAUCUAGUUUAGGGUCUUCUUUAGCGCCUUGUACACAGUAUGGGAAAAUGAGGUCUCAAGAUUCUAUUGCUAAUAUACCCCACCAGUUACACCUUAGUACUUUCAGCAUGGCAGGUAGCCAGUUUAGUGGCCAGCAGGGCUGUGGUCAGGGAGGACAUAGCUUUGGAGGUAUUCUCCUUGUUUAUUCCCCUGAGGCUCGUAUUUUAAUAGAUCCGGGUGCUAUGCACUCAUUUGUUUCCCCUAUAUUUGCUCUGAGAUUGGGUAGAAACCCUACUGCUUUAGAGUAUUCAUUGUCUGUAGCUAUCCCUCUUAGUGAUAAUAUAGAUAUGAAUAUAGUUUUUCCAAGCAGUCUAGUAGUAGUGGAUGAAAAGAUCCACCCGGCAGAUUUAAUUCCUUUACCGGUGAUGAAUUUUGAUGUGAUCUUAGGUAUGGAUUGGCUGUCAACUUAUUAUGCCACUUUAGAUUACAGAAAUAAAAAGGUCUAUUUUCAUAUUCUGGGGGUAGAAGAAUUUAGUUUUAAUGGUGAUAGAAGUGUGGCUUCGUACAACCUAGUGUCAGCCAUUAGUGCCAGGAAGAUGUUGAGGCAUGGAUGUCAGAGUUAUUUGGUACUAGUAAGGGACACAUCUGUUGAAGGUGCCAAUGCGAAAAAUGUACCUAUUUUCAAGGAAUUUAUGAAUAUAUUUCCUGAAGAGCUUAUAGGGUAG